CGUGUUGCCUUAACAUCGGCCUGUAUCAACCAGUAAAAUUUAGUAACAAUUCCUGAGUAAGAAAAGUGACUUGCAGUGUGUCUUAUUUCAAUAACCUACCCUCACCAGUUAAGCGAUCAGAGUAUCAGUUAUCGGUUUUCGAGGUGCUGGAAAGAUCGACGUGUGGAAUCUGGUCGACUGGGCAAUCGAUCUGCCCCGGCGCCGAAGUGGGAAGUGGACGACGAGGUGAAGUGGGGGAGGGGGAGCUCAGCUUAGUGUAGAAAACUGUGUCACUAGUUGGAUUUCACUUCAGGCUCUGGACCCUCAACGGGGAUGCUGUGAUGUUAUCAGGAAGAAUCUGGAUGUUUAACUUCUUCUACUGGUUUACCGUGACGAACUUGCUAAACGUUCACUCGUUGCAGCCGACAGACAUAACCUAUAACUUCAGCUGUUGGCUUGGCCUGCAUAAGGAAGACAGGACCUCGCAGGAGGAAGCCAGGAGCGUCACGCAGUGCUUUAUCAACAAUACACGGCAUGACAAAGAAUUUGCCUCUAACCUGACAGAAGAGACGCCGGACCACUUAGACAACUUUAAAUACAUGGUGAAAAUUAUAAACAUAAGUCAACAUGCAGUGAACAAAUCUGAAAAUUGCGAUAAAAUAUUUGAUAUCUUCAACAAUUUUAAAUUUAACGAAGCCUUUUGUCAAACGUAUGAAGAACUUGAAGAAUGUGACUUUGUUGUGUGUUCGACUGCAAAGUUUCAUAACAUUUUAAUAUUCAGAUAUAACGAUACUGUAUGCAAUAACACGUUUGGAUUAAGUGUCUCUGAUGCUCAAAGAAUAUGGGAACAAUUUUACAUGCUUAAUGAAAUAAAAUAUAUAGGAGAUAUAUGUGGAAAUUCCACGGAAUAUUGUUCGGUUGAAAUAUUUGUAAGUGCAAAUAAUUGUGACACACAGACCAUUACAUUUCUGCAUUUGCCCAUUGCCUUGAGCUCGAAAUAUGAAUAUACAUAUUUUGGAAUUCCAAUUCAACAAGUCGGCGGAACCACUGGUAUUGUCAUACUGUCUUCCAUUUACGUCAUUGGACUUAUUCUAAAUUGCAUCCUCGUCAGAAUAUUCAUAAGACACCAAGAAAUGCGUAAAGACUGCAAAUUAAUUAUCAUAAAUAUUGCAAUCGCUGACAUGCUGAAUCUUGUACUCCAUAGUCCUCCAAUUGACAUAUUCCUGGUGAACUCUAUACAUUCACCUCUCUCAGUGACGUAUGUUUUCUACAUGGUAAUCGGUCUCAACAUCUACUCUGUUAUGAUGUUCAGUUGUCACAUGUACUUGACAGCACUUCCUGUCAAUAAUCGUCGCAAUUCUGGUUGUAAGGUGUUGAGGCGUUACAGUCCCCAUGCCCAUGCACUUACUUCCGCAAUUUUGGCGUGCGUGGCUCCAGUACCGUUAAUCUCCGUUAUAGAAGAAUAUUACACUGUGUCAUUGUACGUUCUUAUCACUUACUGUGCAGUUCCGCUCUGUUGCUCGACACUGUUUUCUGUAGGAACGUCGUUACAGUUGGGUUUGUGUGUCCAGAGCAUCCACUGUGGGUCCAGUGGCCACGAGACGCUGAGAAAUUCCCGUGCAAGAAGUGCCAAUACUCUGGUGGCUCUGAUAGUGGUCUCUGCUGGUUAA